AAUAGGCCUAGCUAGGCCACGUUACAUUUGCGCUCUCUCUCUCUCUCUCUCUCUCUCUCUCUCUCUCCUUGUUUUAUUUUGCAGAAAACUUCUCUCUCAAGAUGGGUCGCUCCGUGCCUUGGGUUUCUACAGUUUUCCUUGUCCUGAUGCUCCUGAUGGCCACUGAGAUGGGAGGGAGGGUGGCUGAGGGCAGGACUUGCGAGUCACAGAGCCAGAAAUUCAAAGGAGCAUGCGUGAGCCAGACCAACUGCGGCUCCGUUUGCCAGACCGAAGGCUUUCAAGGCGGCAACUGCAGGGGCCUCCGCCGUCGCUGUUUCUGCACCAGGCCUUGUUAAGUAGUACUACUUCAGUACUAGUUCGGAUUCGGAGAAGGCCGGAGAGCUUCUUUGAUCAAUUGUACUGAUCAUAAUAUUGGCGUGCUUUCAAAAAUAAUGUUGCCUCUGUGUUUUUCACUGCACGGGGCUUCGCUUCCUUUAUUUAGUCGUGAACACAUUUGAGUGUUCAUGGUUUUGUACGUAGUUGUUAAUUAGUUGCGUUGCUUUGUCCUUUGGUGCCGAUGUUUAUGUUUGCAAUAAGAACUCUCUCUCUCUCUCUC